AUGACCAAAGACAAGCCGUACUCUCUUAACAUAAGGGAAAAACCAACCAUCAGAAUAGUGCUGAUUGGGAAGACAGGAAAUGGAAAGAGUGCAACAGGAAACACCAUCCUGGGGAGGAAUGAAUUUGUAUCCAAGGCCAGAUUGAGUUCAGUAACAGACGUGUGUAAAAAAGGAGUUGGUGAAGUUUUUGGGAGAUCAGUAGCUGUUGUUGACACUCCAGGUCGUUUUGACACCACACUGUCUAAUGAGGAAGUGAAGGAAGAGAUUGUGAAAUGCAUUUCUCUGUCAGCACCAGGACCCCAUGCAUUCAUCAUUGUACUGAGUAUUGGCAGAAUUACAAAGGAAGAGUUGGAGACUCUGGAUCUGAUAAAAAAGAUCUUUGGUCCCAAGGCUGCAAUGUUCAGCAUAGUCCUGUUUACCAGAGGAGAUGAUCUGGAGGAUGAGUCUAUUCAGGAAUACAUAACUAGAAAUAAUCAGGCCCAAAUUAAUAAACUAAUCAGAGACUGUGGAGGAAGAUUUCAUGUCUUUAAUAACAAAGAAAAGAAAGAUAGAACACAGGUGUCUCAGCUUUUAGAGAAAAUUGAAGAAAUGAUUCAGUUUGACAGGAACAAUUACUUUACAAACGACAAACGACAUGCAGAACAACUGAGAGAACAAGAAGAAAGAAGACUUCGCCGCACCAUGGACGCAGCGAACAAUUCCCUGCCCACGGAGGAGAGUCCAGACCAUUGCGGGGAGUCCUCGCCGGUUCCAGCCCUGGCCGCAGCAGUUGCAGAUCAGCAGCGUGAGCUUGUCCAACUCCGAACCACCAUGGGCGAAGUUGUCCACCACAUGGAACAACUCAUGACUGUUCUGCUGUUUGAUCACCCAGCAGAGGGGCGAGAGGUGGGUGAGAGGCUGCUCCAGCUCACCCAGGGCACCUGCUCUACUGCUGACUAUGUGCUGGCCUUCUGGACUGCUGCUGCUGCCAGCGGCUGGAAUGAGCCAGCUCUCCUCUACCGGCAAGAACUCCAGAUGGAGUUGGUCUGCCGUGGUGAGAACAUGAGUCUGGACUCCCUCACUGGCCUGUCUAUCCGUUUGGACCGUCUGCUGCGUGAACGCCGUUGA